CUCGCAUGAUGCAUCGAACAUUGUUGAGGGGCCCCUGGUGUCGCCACGAGGCCAUCUUGCCGCUUCGGAUCAUAAAUUCUGCCUCCAAACUUCGUCGGCCUUUCCCUGUACCUUCACCCUACAAGCACAAUCCACGAGCCUUUGCUUCAGUAUCCUACCUUGCGUCAGGGCAGCCGCCGCAUCCUACGCUCACAGAAGGAAGAGAGAUUUCUUCAGACAAUGGACCGUCCGGGUCGACUAGUCAUAUUCCAUGGUAUCUGCAAGAAGACAUGCCAGUUUCCGAGUCGCAGAUAUCGUCCCGAGAUCAAAUUCCAGACUUACCAGAGGACCCACCUGCGAUUCUUUCCCCAUUUCUUGAUUAUGUUUUCAAAGACCUUGGAUUAGAUGAACUUAAGCUGAUUGACUUACGGGGUCUGGAAACACCUCCUGCUCUUGGCGCAAAUGUCAUUAUGAUCAUCGGAACGGCCAGAAGUGUGAAGCAUCUAAACGUUUCCGCAGACCGUCUCUGUCGCUGGCUGAGGAGCAAUUACAAAUUGUCCCCAUACGCAGAUGGGCUACUGGGUCGGAAUGAACUCAAGAUUAAGCUGCGACGCAAAGCCCGUCGAGCCAGACUUGCAAGCCGUUCCGGCGCCAUGUUUGAUGACAAGGAUGAUGGAAUUACUACCGGCUGGAUAUGUGUGAACGCUGGCGUUGUGGAGGAGAGCCCUGUGCUAGAGAAAGAUGAAACGUUUGAGGGAUUUGGCAAGGUCGGCAGGGGUACGAGGAUUGUCGUGCAGAUCUUCACAGAGGAGAAGAGGGCCGAAGUCGAUCUUGAAAGCCUAUGGCAGGGAACCCUAGACCGCGCCGAACGAGAGAAACAGAAGUAUUCCGAGGUCACUCGUAAUGCACCUCCUGAAGAGGUUCGUGAUUCCAACUCGAUAUAUCUACCACCAUCUGACCGUGAAUCUGGAAAAGUCCCCAGGUCAACAGUAAGCCUCCUAUUCGAGCAGAAGAGGCAUUUUCACAGCACCCGACCUAUCGGCCUCCCGAAUGGUAGUGAGGAUGUCAACAGUGUAGCAAGGCUUAUCACAUCGGGACCACCAAACGGACGCCUUGCUCAUGGAGAUGUUUUUAGUGCUGGUAUUUCUACAUACUCCUUAUUCCAAUAUCUUAAAAGCUUGCCAAGUGAGACCGCUCGGCACGAGCUGGGGACUGGCCCAGUUGACCAAGGAUCAACCCUCUUUCUUCAACUUUUCUAUAACCGUUUGUCAGCCCUGUCUGCAGAGGAAUCCGCUGUAGCCCAUGUCAAACUACUAUGCAUGGCUAUUUCCCGACAACACUCGGCCUACAGCAAAGAAGACUUAUGGACUGCGUUAAUGAGAUGCACUGCUUCAGGAUAUCAUGUCUCUGACGAUCUUGCCUUCGACGUUGUCUCGACAAUGUUGACGGAGUCGCCCCCGGAUGACCGCAAUAAUGGGUCUUUUUUGCCAGACUCGGACAGAGAACUUGCUGUUCGGGUUUUGGAACAUCUCUCCCUUCGUGGUACAAAUGUUUUGAAUAUGAAAGUGUUAAACAUGCUACAUAGAGCGACUAGUGCCGCAUCCCCUGAAGUGGCCCAACGAAUUUCACGUAUUAUAAAGACCCUUGACCUACCUUUUGAUGCCGACCACUCCCGUGUUCUCAUGGCAACACUCUUUCAGAACCAGGACUAUGAUGGAUUCUGGAAGUUGUGGCGCAAAUUGCCUCUGACUAAUAGCCCGCGUACCGGUGCAGACUACGAGAUGCUUUUCCAGCUACAUGCUGAAUUAGGCGAUGAGCUUCGCGCUCGAGACUGUCUAUCAACAUGGGUGCCCAUGAUGACUCGGGAGGAAACUCCAAUUCCCUUGCAGGGGCGGCUCCUGCAGCAUGUAAAACAAUGUCUUGUUGUGGCAGACCCGGAUAUUGAACAAAGCGCGGCGAGCGGAGCUACAAGUGACUUGGCGCGAAUAUGGAACCAGUGCCAAAGAAAUAUCUAGCUUAUGAUCAUCUUGGCUGUGUCGGACUCUAUUGCAUCCUUGGGGUGCUGUGGAACCAUUGGAAAUGUAUAUAACCAUUGUAUUUUUAUAGUCUUGUAUAGUAACAAAGCUCCAUGUAUACUGGCAAUCGAUAGCACUUACCAUAUUGGGAACUACGAUAAGGGCCAAGGCACAUGCCGAUAAGCCUCGGCUCAAUCCGCCCAAACGCCGUCCGGGGUUGAGCACCGCAUCCAACCUCAUCUCUCCGCAUCUUCUGC